AUGGGUAUGAAAUUUGCUAAUAUGAAAUUUCCUUUGAGAAGAUAUUCAAAUGGUGGUGAUCUUCUUAUUAGAAAUAAUAAAUUUGUGUAUAAUGGAAAUAAAGUGGAACCAAUGCAAUUAAUCUCACCAAACUCCUAUCCGAUUUCUAAUAACGAUGUUGCUUUUGACAGCUACAAUUAUAAUAUUAAUGAACAGGAAAUUGAGUAUUAUAACGAAAAACCGGAUAAUUUAAAACCAGAUAAUUUAAAUGGGAACUGCAAUGAGCAUUAUGAGAGAGCCCAAACUAGAGAUAAUUUCAGAAGAAUGGAAAAUGAUGAGAUGAUGAGUGGAAAAAAUAAAUUUACAGUUAAAAAUGCAAGACCACACCAUAAGGGGCCGGUUAUAGUGAAUAUGGAGGGCAGAAAGGUUGAUGAUGGCAGUGAUAAUUCCUUAGAAAAGAGCGAUAAAAACAGAAUAUCUAAUGCACAGAGGGGAUUGAAGUUGUUGAGAAGGUUUUUCAAGUUUCAGAAAAGGUCGCCAUUGACAGAUAUGGAGUAUCAGUUAAUCGAAAGAGAAAUCAAUGAGCCAGGAAGCAUUCCUUUGAGGGAAAUCAACCACCCGAUUCGUGAGUUGUUGGAAACUAUAAAGGCAGGGAAUUUUGACGGUUUGAGAGAGAUGAUAUUUGCUUAUUAUGGUGCUAAUGUGAAUGAAGUUGACAGAGAUCUUGAGCAUGGAUUCUGGCUUUUGGACAGGCUCUCGGAAGAGCUGAACAAGUUUGAUCCCAUUUUGGAUCAGCCAAUGAAAGCAGCUAUUUUCGCUGCUUUUCCACCUUGA